AUGGUAUUUACACCUUUUGAAUCGAGCAUCGGAGGCUUAUUGAUUGGUGCUUCCGUAAGUGCCUAUGCCUAUUUUCAAGGACGAAUUUCAGGUAUGAGUGGAAUUGCCGGAUGUGCAUUCCGUGGACUCAAAAACAAGAUACUGCCAUCAUCAUCGCCUCAUGUUACGGAAGAAGAGUUGGCUCACAAAAUUCUCUACAUUUUUGGUUUAAUGAUUGCAGGAUUUACAGUGUGGUUUCUAGAGAUGGCUCCUGAUCAUUUUGUUCAUGUUUCAUCUGUUUGGCUCUCUUCUCCUUCAGUGUGGAUCUUGUUUUUGGUGGCAGGAGUGUUGAGUGGAUUCGGAACACAGCUAGGAAGUGGAUGUACAUCGGGAAUGAUGAUUUGUGGAAUUGCACGACUUUCUGUGAGAGGCUUUGUCUCUACCAUGGUGUUUUCUUCAGUUGCUUUUGUUUUUGUCAAGUAUUUGAAAAGUAUUGAGUUUAUAGCUCAGAAUUUGAUUCAUGUGGGUCAAGGAGUGGAAUUAGACAAGCCGUUCAUGGCAUUCCCAAAUAUGGAGAGAGCAGUAUUAAUUUUCAUUUACUUUUUAUUACUCAUUUCGAUUUAUGCCUUCAUUUUGAGACGAGUCAAUUCAUGGAGUGACCAUGCGAAACAAACUUUGGACUUUUAUUUGCCCUUUUACAAUGGAUUGGUGUUUGGAUCGGGAUUGGCACUGAGUGGCAUGACCAAUCCAAUGAAAGUACUUGGAUUCUUUGAUAUUGGAGGUGAAUAUUACGAUCCAUCCUUAUUCUGUGUAGCCAUAUUCGCCAUUCUACCAAGCAUGUUUGUUUUCCAAAAGUAUGUGUUGCCAAAAUCUUCCCAUCAUGAAAAACCACCAAUUUCUGCCAAAUAUCACAUGCCAACAUCGAAUUCCAUUGAUUGGAAACUUGUUGGGGGAGCCUCUAUUUUUGGAGUGAGCUGGGGAAUGGUUGGCGUUUGUCCUGGGCCUUGGAUGACCUCUAUGGGAUCGUUGAAUCCUCUCUUUGUCGUAUUCGGACUUGGUUUUGGACUUGGUGUUUACUGUAAAGAUUUGUUCAUGUAG